UUGGCGAAGGGGAGGAGCUGCGGCGUAAAGCUGCCGUUUGAAAAGGCUGCGGCUGGGAGCCGGCGGGUGCAUAGCAGGCGCCGAGCUAGAGGAAGCGUGCCCACAGAGAGGGGGAGGGCUCGCAUUGGCAACAACAACAACAACAACAAAAAACCUCAAUAAAAUCUAUAAAAGGCGAGGUGGGAGUGAAGUGCGGCGCAGCACGCGAACGGCACGGGUCGGGCGCAACGCCGGCGGAGUUUGCGCCCUUCCAAGGUCUGCAGAGCGGCGCGGAGUUGCUCCCUCCCCUCCCCGAUGCCCAACAUGUGCAGCACUGCCAGGAGCGUGGGAUCGCAACAACAGCAUGCGUGCCUGGAGUCCGCCUGCCUUUACGCCGCCGUUGCGCCGGGCGAGAGGGAAGCCAGCCCGGGCUCCGGGCAGCCUCAGUCCCUGUCCUCCGCCAAGCACCGGCACCAGGUGAAGAGGCAGCGCUCUUGUUCCCCGGAGCUGCUGCGGUGCAAACGGCGCCUCAGCUUCAGCGGUUUCGGGUACACUUUACCCCCGCAGCAACCGGCCGCCGUGGCCCGGCGCAACGAGCGGGAGAGGAACCGAGUGAAGCUGGUCAACAUGGGCUUCGCCACCCUGCGGGAACACGUCCCCAACGGCAGCGCCAACAAGAAGAUGAGCAAGGUGGAAACCUUGCGCUCUGCCGUCGAGUACAUCCGAGCUCUGCAACAACUGCUGGAUGAACACGACGCGGUGAGCGCCGUCUUUCAGUCGGGACUGCUCUCGCCCGGACUCUCCGCUGAGAUGAACUCCAUGGCCGGCUCGCCCCUCUCCUCCUGCUCGUCCGACGACGCCUCCUGCGACCCGCUCAGCGCAGAGGAACAGGAGCUGCUGGACUUUACCACCUGGUUCUGAGCCGCCACCACCUGCCUCUCCUCCCUCCCGGCGCAGCAGGUCUGCGAGUGAAGUAUUUGGAGACACGGAGCCAAGAGGACAAGACACGCUGCCUGCCUUCGCGACCCACUUCAGCCGACACCCCUGAAACCCACCAGCCGUCCGUGAAUGUAGUUCCACACAAUGGCAGACCACCAAGGCUGAGUCUCACUCCGGGACCCGCGGUUAUGACAUUGGCCAUCUCUACCGCAAACUAUUAGGCCACACACACUCGGAGUGCGACGAUGUCAAGUAAUUAUACUUGGGCACUACCGGCCAAUUUGGACUAUCACCAUCUCUUGUUCAAACUUUCUAAGCAAAGAGAACGUUGAUAAGCCUUCUAACGUGACAAGAGUACAAUUUUGUUCGUUUCUCUAAACAAAACGCAUUUUAGGCUUUAUCCAAACAAAGAGCCGCGCGUGUGUGUUUUAAUGAGACUAUUUUUCGAUAUAUAGAAUGUUUCCAGUCUUUGUUUUUUUUUUAAA